CUCACUUCAGCCACUGCCCCCACGUUUCCCCCAAAAAUCCCCACCACCACCGCAGACCUCGAUGAGCGCCCCGAAGGUAGUGGCAGCGACGAUCCGGCUCACAGUGCCAGCCGGCGGGGCUCGGCCGGCGCCCCCGGUGGGACCGGCGCUUGGUCAGUACCGGCUGAACCUGAUGGCGUUCUGCAAAGACUUCAAUGCGCGCACGCAGAAGUAUAAGCCUGAAACUCCCAUGGCGGUGACGAUUACGGCAUACAAGGACAACACGUUUGAGUUCACCGUUAAGUCGCCUUCGGUGUCAUGGUAUUUGAAGAAGGCCGCGGGGGUGGAAUCCGGCAGCAGCCGCCCUGGUCACGUGACGGUGUCCUCCCUGUCGGUUCGGCACGUGUACGAGAUCGCCAAGGUGAAACAAUCAGACCCGUACCUCCAAAACAUGCCGCUGGAAUCCAUUUCGAAAUCCAUUACCGGAACCGCUAACAGCAUGGGAAUUAAGAUCGUCAAGGACCUCGAUUGAGCCUUUAUUGAUUUGAACUGCUUUCUUGUGUUGUGCGAUUAGGAUUGGGGUUAGGGUUUUAUCUUGUUAUUGUGCUCUUUUGAGUUCAAUAGUGGAAGAGAUGCUAGCACUUGCACAUAAGCUUUUGUUAUAAUAAUUAUUUUGCUAAUGGAUGUUUUAAUUGUAUUGAUAAUGUUGACAGUUAGAAAAAUGUUCUUUUAGAGGUUUUUGUUGGCAA